AUGUACAGGUCUCUUGCUCUCACCUCGCUCACUUUUCUGAGUGCCGUCCGCGCCCAGCAGGUCGGCACUUCCACAACUGAGACCCACCCCCAGCUCAACUGGAAGACCUGCACUGGUACUGGUGGUAACAGCUGCACCACCAAGGCUGGAUCUGUCACCCUUGACUCCAACUGGCGCUGGGCCCACAACACUGGCGGAUACACCAACUGCUACACUGGCAACACAUGGGAUGCUACCCUUUGCCCUGACGGCGCCACCUGCGCCAAGAACUGCGCAAUUGAUGGAGCUGACUACUCUGGUACCUACGGUAUCACUGCUGGCAGCGAUGCCUUGACCCUCAGGUUCGUUACCAAGGGCCCGUACUCCACAAACAUUGGAUCCCGCACCUACCUCAUGGAGACAGACACCAAGUACCAGAUGUUCAACCUCAUCAACCAGGAGUUCACCUUCGAUGUCGAUGUGUCAAACCUUCCUUGUGGUCUGAACGGUGCUCUGUACUUCGUCGAGAUGGCCUCGGAUGGUGGCCUUAACAAGGGCAACAACGCCGCUGGUGCCAAGUACGGAACUGGAUACUGUGACGCUCAGUGCCCCCACGACAUCAAGUGGAUCAAUGGCAAGGCCAACAGCGAAGGCUGGGUCCCAUCCACCGGCGACACCAACGCCGGCGCCGGCACCACCGGUGCCUGCUGCCCUGAGAUGGACAUCUGGGAGGCCAACAGCAUCUCGACCGCCUUCACCCCCCACCCCUGCAAGGGCGCGGGUCUUGUUGCCUGCACAGGCACCGACUGCGGCGAUGGUGACAACCGCUACAACGGUGUCUGCGACAAGGACGGCUGCGAUUUCAACAGCUACCGCAUGGGCGCAAAGAGCUUCUAUGGCCCCGGCGCCACCCUCGACACCAAGGCUAAGAUGACCGUUGUCACUCAGUUCAUCGGCUCCGGCUCCUCCCUGUCUGAGAUCAAGCGCUUCUACGUGCAGAAUGGCAAGGUGUUCAAGAACAGCGAGUCCACCGUUUCCGGUGUCACCGGCAACUCGAUCACCAACAGCUUCUGCACAGCCCAGAAGACUGUUUUCGGCGACAACAACUCUUUCUCCACCCUCGGUGGGCUCAACGGCAUGGCCGCUUCGCUUGCUCGCGGCCACGUUCUCGUCAUGUCUCUUUGGGACGACCACGCAGUCAACAUGCUCUGGCUCGACUCCACCUACCCCACCACCGCUGACCCCAGCAAGCCUGGUGUUGCCCGCGGUACUUGCCCCAUCACCUCUGGCAAGCCUGCGGACCUUGAGGCGAACAGCCCCAACUCCAGCGUUGUCUUCUCCAACAUCAAGUUCGGCCCCAUUGGCUCUACUUUCAACCAGGCCGCCGCUGUCUAA